GUGUCAAAUCUUCAUUUAUUCCACUAAUCUACUAAUCAAACUUGAACUAGACUCAUUUAUGCUAUUUUGAGUUGUCUUUUUUUUGUAUAUUUUGGUUUAAUUAAAAAUCUUGCCUUUCAUCAUUCAAAGUCUCAUCUUCUUAAUUUCUCAUUUGAACUAUUUAAUAUUGAUUCUCUAAUUUAAGUUGUUGUCUAUGGCAAAAAAAAAAAAAAAAAGAGAUUGUCGAAGAAAUUAAAGAUUAAUUUCACAUGGAAAACUAAGCAAGAAAUUUUGCACAUUACUAUUCAACUUACAAGAUAAUGAAGCCAAUCAACAUACUCCUUCCUAUUCACCUUAGGAGUCUGAUCCAAAUAUGGAUAGCCCACAAGUCAAGAUAAGCCAAGCCAAGACAAACCAAGGAGGAUACAUGGCUGAGCAACCUACUGAUUGGAUGCUCACUGACUUACCCGCUGACCUUGCUGAUUUGGACGUGAUAAUUAAGGAAGGACAGUCCCAAGCUAGACCAAACAUGAGUAUCCAAGCAUAACAAAGCCAAGAGGAAUCAAUGAGAAACCUCACAGCAACACUCAAGCCAGACAAAGACAUGCAUUCUGGUCAGCAGACAACAGAGCAGCCAUCUGACGACCAGCCUACCUUGCGCACAAUAGAACGCCUGGCCUCGUGCACGUAUCAACAUGGAAACUCAAGGGAUGGCAUCUUUGGACAUGGAAGAAAAAGACAAGACUCAGAGUUAGCACGGAGAGCCCUCACAGAGCCCGGAAGAUUCACGCCAAGGUCUUGUGUUCGCCUGAUAUUUGAUAAUUGCUGAUCCAGAACUGCCAGCCAUCACCUGCUGAGCAGCAGACCUUCGAGCCCUUCCACGGAGUCAACCUGAGCAUCCUAGGAUACACCAAGGGUAUUUUUGGAAUCUCUAUACAUGGGACUUUCCAUCAACACCUUAAGUGCCUCCUUACGAUCACGGUAAGACACCAAGAAUUGAUGCUAAAGGUCGGGUGUUCAACGGAUAGUACAGCAGCAUGAAUCAAGCAUUCUUAUUCUGAUUUAUGUUUUUUAAAACGUGUACAUAUUAGCCACGUGUUACUUUUAGCCAUUAUUAUGGUUUGGCUUAGGCUUAGCUCUUGUAGAAGGUCUCAUAGCUCUAUAAAUAAGAGGCCUAAUCCCUUGUAAUAGUUAAGUUCAGAUUAAUCAAAUACUUUUCAUUCAAGUAAUUGUUGUUCAAUUACCUUCCGUGAGAGUCCUUUGUGAGUGAAAGCAAAGUGAAUUUCCGGGUUAAUUCCACAAAGAUUGAAAGAGUGCCUUUCAAUUGGAGUGUGAGGAAGAGGCCAAUCAAUUCAGUGCGGGUUAUUUGUCUCUAUCCACGGCCAAAGGACCACUUCUUGGAGUUGUUCUGGCCAGCCUUCUUGUUCGCUGUUUAGAACAGAAGGAGUAUCUUGUGUGUGUCAUUGUGUGUAGUUUGAUCUUAACAUCGGCUCUUGGUUGAGUUCUUCGUGUUCUUGAAGCAAUCAUCCCAUAUACGCAUCAACGUGGUAUCAGAGCUUAAGUUCUGAGAAGGGACAAGGACAAGGGGGUAUUAAUAAAGUCAAGUAACAAGCCAUUUUUCACAUUCUGAGAAGGAGUGAUCAGAGAGAAAGGUAUAGUGCGAUUUUUGUUUCAAUUUCGCCAAUACAGGUACGUUCCAAUUUCUCUUUGUUAAUAAUUCGUUUACAAUCAAGGAUUACAGAAUAUAUUUGAUCAUUAUACGCAUUUGGUUGUGGAAUGAAAAAAUUCUGAAAAUCUGAUUGUUGAAUGAAUGAUUGUGCAUCAAAUUGAUUUCUGAAAUUCUGUUCUGGGUCACUAUACAUAUCAAAUUUUUUCAAUUAAUUCAUUUACAUUCAAUUCUUGAACGUCCUAAGUGAAUGUUUGUUGAAAUUAGAUGACAAUAGCGAUUUAACUAUUCGAACAUUGAGUUUUCGCUGAAGAAAUUGUCAAAUUCGAUUUUGAUUCUUGUACUUCGAUUCUCUGAUUGUUGUGGAUAUUAUAGCUGUUAGGAAUUAGAUAGAUUUGUGUAUAUAUCAUUGGAUAUCACAUUCGUUUGAAGAAGAUUGAUUGUAACAUUCUGAUUUGCGAAAACUCUUUGAGAAAAACUAGGGUUUACAUUUGUUGCUGCAUUAGUUAUCUGAAACACUUAAUAUCAUUAGGCUAUUCUCUAAAUUCAUGUACGAAAUUUGUAAUCCAUGAUAUUACAUUGCUUAAUAAUCAUUGCAUAAAGAAAUUCAGAAAACAAAAGAUUGAAGAACAAACCAGCAGUCAUUCAUUUUCAUUCAAUGAGAAAUCUUUGAACAUUAAUUUGUUUGCAACAAAUUUGUUCUACUUCCUGUAUGAUUGGCUAAAUUUGAUCAUAAUCAAAAGAUUUUGGGGUAACAAUUCUAAAAUCCAAGUAUUACUUGUUGAAUCCUUAUUGUUGACAGAAGGUAUUGAAUCUUUCUAUACCAAGUUUCUGAUUUAUUGUGGAGCUGAAGUUUACUCAUUGUUUGCUGCAUUUGAUUCUCUAUAGAUAAUUGAGCGCAUUAGAUUGUUUUAUUUUUGUUUAGGUUUUAAUUUUGCAUUGCCAAACAUCAUAUUCAUCUCAUACUUGCUUCAUAUUCUUCAUAUUCAUUAACCAUCAUCAUACUUGCAUCAUCAUCAUUGUAUGUGCAUCAAUUGGUAUCAAUUGGUAUUCUUCUGUAUUGUCUGAAAAAUGUUAAUUACAAUAGGUUGUUCUUUGAAUUCAUGUGUAAGUUUGUAAUUCAUUAUAGUCAUUGCAUGAAACAAUUUAGAAGCAAAAUCUGAAGAAAAUCAGUCAUUCAUUUGCCCUGAAAUCUGUAAGAAUUUACUGACAGUGUGAUAAAUUUGCUCUAUUUUCUGUGUGUUUGGUUAACAUUGAUUCUAAUUAGGAGAUCUUGGUGUAAAAUUUCAAAGAAUCUGAACUCUAAGUUUCUGUGUGCUUUCCUCUUACUGCUGUCAGAAGACAUUCAACCCAUCUGUGCUGUGCUCCUGACUUGUGCAUCUGGAAUCAUCACCUUACCUGCUGAUUCAGAAAGAAUAAAUUCAUUGUUGUGCAUCUUAAUUGAGCAUCUAAAAAAUUAGUUUCCUUUGCUGCUAUCAGAAGAUAACCAUCAGCUGUACUGUAUUCUUAUUACUGCUGUGCACUUGAAUUCUUGCUUCAUUUGUUGCUGUCAGGAAGUGUACAUUCAUCUGCAUAUUGCCUUGGUACUAUUUUACAAUUAAGACAUCACAUUAUUUGCUGCUGUUAGAAAGUGUCAAAUUAUUUGUGCUUGUUUUUGAACAUUAACAGUAAAAACAUAUUGCUGAAACCUCUGAGUAAUUUGCGUUUCUUGCUACUGCUAACAAGUGGAAUUUGCUUUCCUGCUGUGUUCUUGAUUUUACCUGCACAUCUAAGUCAUUGCAUGAUCUAUUGCUGUAAGGAAAAUUCAGUUCAGUACGCUUGUCCUUGGAAACUAACAGUGAGUGCAUAUUGAUGGUGUAGCCAAAAAUUUUUGCAUUUCUUGAUUACUGACAGAAUGUAUUAGUUGCUUUCCUACUGCGUUUGUUAUUGUUUGUACAUUCAUCUUCGUUUCUGAAAAAUUACUGUUUGAGGAUUCUUGAAUUGUGGCUCUGAGAAUAUCAUGAAUUUGGAUGAAAGAUUUGCUGAGAUGACCCUUGCCAUCCAACAACUCGCACAUACAGUGACUAAAAUUGACAUGAACCAACGGGAAAGGAUAGUACACACACGCAAUCACGAAAGAACCACAGAGAAUAAAACACUUAGAUUAGAUGUUGCUAAUUUUGGGGGAACAACAUACGACCCUGAGGAUUAUUUGGAAUGGGAGGCUGGAUUAGAGAGGUACUUUGAAUUCAACGAAACCUCUGAAAAACAGCAAUACAAACUAGCCAAAAUCAAGUUAAACAAAUUAGCUGCUAUAUGGCUUGAGGGAGUGCAAAGGCAAAGAAGGAGGGAGAACAGGGAGAAGAUUAACACUUGGGCUAAACUGAAGAAACACCUCAGGAAGAAAUACGUGCCCUCAUCCGCAGUAACCAAAUUUAUUCAACGUGAGAGCAAACUAAAGGAUCUUACACCCCUACCUCCAUAUAAGACCAUUUCUACUCCUACAAAACAGAAGAAAGUAAGCCAUGACCUGAAUAAAAAUAACUGCUACAAGGGAAUUCAGAAUGAGAAAGACUCUGUGCAUCUGUUCACUAAAAAAAGUAAUCAGAGCCUAAUCCAGCAACAACACAAAACCUUGACAUUAUUAGAAGAUAAGGCAUUAGAUGUUGAGUUGAUUAAACCCGUGAUUGUUACUAAUAAUGAGAUAAACAAACUACCUCAGAAAAACCCAUCUACAUACUGUGAUUUUCAAUUCAUAGAAGACAAGAAAACAAGCUAUGUUCUGAACCAGAGUGAACAUUGCAAAGAAAUUCAGAAGGGGAAGGAAUUCGUGCAUAUGUUCACUAAAGAGAUUAGUGAGAACCAAGCCCAACAGCAAUCCAAAACCUUGAAAUCAGUAGGGGAUGAAGCAUUAGACACUGAGUUGAUUAAAACUAUACCUAUUGAUGAUGUUGGAUUAAAGAAGGAAAAUCUGUUCACUACAAGGAUUAGUGAGGAACAAGUCAAACAGUAAACCGAAGCAUUAAAAACAUUCGAAGAUGCAGUAGUAGACCUGGAGUUGUUCAAACCUAUGACUAAUAAUGAUACGGAAUUGAACAAGCUGCACCAAGACAGUUCAAUUACAUGCGGCGAUGUAAGUGGUUUUUAUUUCAUAGAAGACACAAUUGCUGACAUUCAUCCUGUUUGCAGG